CGUCGUGUUUUACACUUUUUACCAUGAUGUGUCCUAUUUUAUUUAAUUUUAUUACUCUGUAUCUUUUCUUCGGCCCCCCCAAAUCCCAUACAAAACACAUUUUAAGCUUCCGCCGCCAUACUUGCUGCUGGUAGUUGAGCUUAGAGGUGUGAGAACAGCGGCGCCACCACUAUGGCUGCGGUGGCGGUGUCUCUCCGUCCAGGCGUGAGAAAUAGCUUACUACCUGCGCCGAGCAAACCAGCGCCGCCGAGCAGAGCGGCGGCAAUGCGGGAUUUCCGGCCAAAAGUCACACGCCUGCCGCCAUUUGUUGCAAAUGCUAGCGGAAGCGGUGCCACUGAUGCGGUUGUUUCCGUUUCUCAUCCGCCGCCCCCAUCCGACUCUCGAGUGAAGCGGCAUACGAUCUCAGUGUUUGUUGGGGACGAGAGUGGUAUGAUUAACAGAAUAGCUGGAGUUUUUGCCCGGAGAGGGUACAAUAUCGAGUCUCUUGCCGUUGGGUUGAACACAGAUAAAGCUCUCUUUACCAUAGUUGUUUCUGGAAGCGACAAGGUUUUGCAACAAGUUGUAGAGCAACUCAACAAGCUUGUGAAUGUCUUGAAGGUUGAAGAUUUAUCAAGGGAGUCUCAAGUAGAACGAGAAUUAAUGCUCAUAAAGCUAAAUGCAGAACUGAGCACAAAAGCAGAAAUAAUGUGGUUGGCAGAUAUCUUUCGAGCAAAAGUGGUGGAUAUAUCAGAGCACUUUGUGACCAUAGAGGUAACUGGUGACCCAGGAAAGAUGGCUGCUGUUCUAAGAAAUAUUAAGAAGUUUGGAAUCAAGGAGCUUGCCAGAACUGGAAAGAUUGCUUUGAGACGUGAAAAAAUGGGCGAGACAGCUCCGUUUUGGAGGUUUUCUGCAGCAUCUUAUCCUGACCUUGAGCAAAGAACAAAUGGUACUUCAACUCAAAAACAGAUCAAACCAACCAUUAACAGCAAAGUGAAUAAUGGUUCCAGUGGUGAUGUCUAUCCAGUGGAAUCGAAUGAUGACUUCUAUGUGAAUCAGGUUCUUGAUGCUCACUGGGGAGUUCUCUACAAUGAAGACUCAAGUGGGAUUCGGUCACACACACUAUGUAUGCUUGUUAACGAUUCGCCCGGAGUACUCAACCUGGUUACCGGGGUUAUAUCUCGAAGAGGCUAUAAUAUCCAGAGUCUUGCUGUAGGCCCUGCUGAAAGAGAGGGGCUUUCACGUAUUACCACAGUUAUUCCUGGAACUGAUGAAGCUAUCAGAAAAUUGGUUCAGCACUUUUACAAGUUGGUGGAUAUUCAUGAGGUUCAGGAUCUAACACAUUCACCCUUUGCGGAGAGGGAACUGAUGCUGAUAAAAGUUGCAGUCAAUGCUUCUGCUAGGAGGGAUAUCCUGGACAUUGCCAGUAUUUUCCGAGCUAAACCAGUUGACGUGUCUGAUCACACCAUUACAUUGGAGUUGACAGGAGACUUCAACAAGUUACUUGCAUUGCAACGAUUGCUGGAGCCUUAUGGAAUUUGCGAGGUUGCACGGACAGGUCGUGUGGCAUUGGCGCGAGAAUCGGGCGUAGAUUCAACAUUGCUUCGGGGAUAUUGUCUUCCUUUGUAGUUUGUGACAUCUACACUCUACGUGAAUGGUAUGAACCAACUGGGGUCGAAAUAAAAAAGAAAUGCUAAAUACGAUUGGCAUCUAUGUAUAAUUAGUUGAAAGUAUUCUUCAUCAUGGUUGAAAUCCAUAUUUGAGAAGGUUUGGACAAAAAACAAGUUCAAAAGUUUAGAUUGUUGUAAAAAUAAAUAAAUAAAGGUUGUUUAAUAAAUGGGUAAGACAUUGAACGUCAAAGCCCCCCUAUUUCUAUAGGGCUUUAAGGAGGAUAGGAUCAUUGUAUUGUUGCGUGUUGGCCUACAAUUAAAUAAAUCUAUCUUUA